AUGGGAUUUCCCAGCCCCAAAUGGCGUCCCGUCCUUGUGUUCGUGCUGGGGCUGGUGUCGCUCACAGCCAACGCACAGGGCCGGCCGGCAGUCGAGGAAGUGAACGACUUUGCUUUGAGGCUGUAUGACAAGCUGUCAACCAGGGACGCUGCCAACAACGUCAUGUUCUCGCCACUGAGCGUUGCGGCCGCUUUCUCUGUUGUGCACCUCGGCGCGAACGGCACCACACGAAAACAGCUAGAGGAUACAUUUGGCUUUGGAAACAAGGACGUUGCAGACGAGUUGCUGAGGGGUAAUGGAAGCGCCCUUGUGCUGGCCACCCCUGAUGAUGGUAUUGAUUUUCUUGCUGCAAGCGACCUGUUUCUCCAGGAUGGAUUCGAUGUGGCGUUGUCUUUCAAGAUACGCUUGACGAAAACGCAUUCGAAAGCACCGAAGUUUGUGAAUUUCACCACAGACCCAGAGGGGUCCAGGAGAAUAAUAAAUGAAUUUGUCAAUGCGUCAACGAGGGGAAACAUUAAUGAACUGAUUCCCAAAGGAGCAGUGGACGAGGUGACCCGCAUGGUUCUUGCCAACGCUGUGUUCUUUGAGGCGGGCUGGAGCACCCCCUUUGACAGCAACAAGACUUUCCCCAUGCAAUUCAGGGCCUUUGGGGUGAAUCGAAAAGUAGACAUGAUGACACAAGAGACAAGACUGAAGUUGGUGCCCUUUGUUGACUCGCGGGUUCUCGAACUUCCUUAUGGCAAUGGGGCUGCGAGCAUGGUAAUCGUGCUGCCAAACACUGAUGGAAAAGAGGCGUUCCUGAAGCUGGAAGAGGACCUGCGGGGAAUCGAUCUUACAGCUCUGCUGAAUGAAACGAGAACGACGAAAGUGAAAGUCUUCUUGCCAAGAUUUCAGGUGGAAGGCACUGCGGAUUUGACAGAAGUCCUUCCUAAGCUGGGGGUGAAAGAUCUGUUCAGUCAAACGGGCGCAGACCUUUCGGAGCUGUCCAGAGGAGAGGGUUUGUAUAUUUCUUCGGCAUUCCACACAGCCAAGGUGAUGGUGGAUGAAAAGGGAACCACAGCAAGUGCCGCAACCGGGGCUGCAGCGUCAUCAAAGAUUUUUGUGGAACCAGAGGAAUUCAAAGCCAACCGCCCUUUCGUCUACUUCAUAAUCGACAAUGCGAGCAAGGUCAUCCUGUUCAUGGGCAAUCUUCGAGGGUUGCCCCAGGAGAUUCCAUCUUGA